AAUCCACAGUUAAGCAUCUUAUUCAGAUUCAAAUAGCCAAUUAGGGUCUUUUCAAGCUUCUUUAUUUAAAGGCAAGAACAAGGGGAGUCGCCUAUAGCCCAACAAAGCAAGAAUUAUUCGCAAUGAAUUCCAGAAGCUCCAACAAGGUAUCAAGAAUGAAAUACAAUCACUACACCAUCCUGAUGACCCUGAUCUUCAUGAUUAAUGAUUGCAUGGGGCAGACUUCAUGUGUGGUAGACUCAUUCUCUGUGAAGGAAGACUUUGACCCCAAACGGUAUGCAGGUAAAUGGUACGCAUUGGCCAAGAAAGACCCAGAAGGUUUGUUUCUACAGGAUAAUAUCUCAGCUGAAUACACUAUUGAGGAGGACGGGACUAUGACUGCAUCUUCCAAAGGCAGAAUGAAGCUUUUUGGAUUCUGGAUGAUCUGUGCUGAUAUGGCUGCUCAAUAUUCGGUGCCUGAUCCCACCACACCAGCCAAGAUGUUCAUGAAUUAUCAAGGACUGGCAAGCUAUUUGUCAAGUGGAGGUGAUAAUUACUGGGUGAUUGACACUGAUUAUGAUAACUAUGCUAUCACCUAUGCCUGCCGCACUCUGAAGGAGGAUGGGUCCUGUGAUGAUGGCUAUGCCAUCAUUUUCUCCCGCAACCCUCGGGGUCUUUCCCCUGCCAUUCAGAAAAUUGUGCAGCAGAAGCAGGAGGAAAUCUGCAUGACUGGCCUGUUCCAGCCUGUGCUACAGUCAGGGGCUUGUUAAAACAAAACUCCACCAAUCCAGAGAUGGAGUAAAGGCCUAAUGUUGACAUCUCAAACACUCUUUCAAUCACAAAUUCUUUGAAACAUUUUUUUUUCAAAGCACAUUUAAAUGCUGGCUUCUGGUAUUUAGAUUUUUAAAAGAAAACUGACCCAGGGGUACAGCACAUUACUUCUUGUAUGAACUCUUAAGAACCAAAGUGAUGCAUCAGUUUAAAAACUAGAGGGUUUUUUUUCAAUUAUCUUUUAAUUUACCUAUAUUCAUCUCUGUUAUGGCGCUGAAUUCUUCAGCAAAAGAUACAGGUCUUAUGAAUGUAAUUUUCCUUCUGCAAACUUUAUCAAAAUUCUAUGCCAAGUUUUCCCUGUCCUGCAUUAAUUUCAAUUCUUGACUUUUAAUAUAAAUACAGAAGCAUCAGUUAUACGCAAGAUGUCAAUAAUCUAAAUCAUGGUUGUCCCAAAGGUGCUUUCUUCCAAAAGGCAACUGGACUUUUUUCGAGCAAAACAAGAAAGUCCAGUUGCCUUUUGAAAGCACCUUUGGGUUAUACACAAGUUAUGUAUGGAAGGACAAACUAUUUGAAAAUUGUAGUUCACAGCAUACAUUGACCUAGAUCAGGGGUCUUCAAACUUGGCCCUUUUAUGACUUGUGGAUUUCAACUCCCAUAAUUUUUCAGCCAGGCAUGCUGGCUGAGGAAUUCUGGGAGUUGAAGUCCACAAGUCAUAAAAGGGCCAAGUUUGAAGACCCCUGACCUAGAUAUUGCAAAAGGAGACUUUCUAUGGGGCCUCCACUGUUCUUUAUAGUUCCAUCCAAGAUGGACAAUCUCCAAUAACCUGUUGCCAGAAUCUUCUAGAUCCAUGUUUGAUUGUCCCAUGUGGAGAAUUAUACAAUUGAGGAAUCUUCUCCAUAAAGAUCCUGCAGGCCAUCUUUCCUGCUUACUAAGGAAAGAGAACAACAUGGUUUUCUCAUAGGAGUGUUUUAUUCAACAGAUGAAGUUUUCCUGAGCUCUUGAUGGUUCCUUAAUCCUGGCUUCAGCUUUACUCCUUAAUGCGCUAGUCUAACCAUUUAACAAAUUAUCUGGCAUCCUGGCUCAUCCCAGAUUUCUCAGUAGGACUCAGUGCUGGCAAUUAAACUAUCAGAAAAUUUGCUCGCAUUAGAGACAUUUAUUUUAUAAGUUUGAGCUAUGGAGGUUGUUUUUGGAUGUUGAUCCAAAGGGACAUUGCAUCCAUUAACUAGCCCAUGCUUAAAUAUCCUCAGAAGUCUAUCUUCCCUAUGAUCAUUUCCAAAUUCCUGUUAUUCAAAGAUUAACCAUUUCAGCUCCUACAUAUGCAGGACGUAGUUUAUGGAUGAUGUCAAAGUGUGUCUCAUUUAGAUUAGGCAGUCUCUCCUUCUCUUUAUUCCUUGGAACAUUUUCUUCAAUUCCUAUUGGUAUAGUGUCUUGGAAGUAUGGAUAAAAUGGUCAAAGUGAUUAUCUUUAUAAACUGAAAUGUAAUUUAUAACUAUGUAAGAAUGAGCAUUGGUAUGAAUAAGGAUAAGAAUCCAUUUAAAUGAAUAAACCUCAUUGUGAA